ACGGUACAGAAAGUAUUAUUUGGGCACGGGAGUCUCUCUAUCUAUCUAUCUCUCAUUCAAUGCUUUACCGAACUCAACACCACUCUUUUCUCAACCCUUUUACCUUCUCCUCCUCCGCCCUAUCCCUAACUCCGCCGCCGUCCUCCGCCGUGUCUGUUCAGGGAAUGGAGUGCGCGUUGAAGAGCUCUGUUAGGCCGGAGAUGGCGGCGAAGACGGCCCACCCGCUGGGGUGUUUGGAAAAUGAGUUGCCGGCGGUGGGGAGCUGUCAAGGGGGCGGCGGCGACGAUUUCUUCGUUGACGACCUCCUCGACUUGUCGAAUGGGUUUUCCGAGGAGUACGAGGAGAAGGAGAAAACAGAGGUGCCGGAGGAGAAGGGUGGAGGAAAUUCUGGGUCUUUGGUGUUUGUCUCUGUUAUGCCGGAAAAGCGGCAAGAAGAAGCGGUGGGCGUUAAUUUUUGUAUUGAAGAAGAUUUUUCUUGUUUUCCCGGCGGCGGGCUCAAUGCUCCGGCGGAUGAUUUGGAUAGCCUUGAAUGGCUGUCGCAUUUCGUGGAAGAAGACUCCUUUUCCGGCUACUCUCUAACAUACCCCGCCGGAAAGCUGCCGCCGCUUCCGGAAAACAAGAACCGGGUUCAGGCCGAAAUUCCGGUCCGAGACAAUCCCAGCUUUACCACCCCGGUCCAGACCAAGGCGAGAAGCAAGCGCGCGAGAACCGGCGUUCGAGUUUGGCUGAGCGGUUCGCCGUCGCUGACCGAGUCGUCCACCUCGUCGUCGUCGUCGACGACGACUAUGUCGUCGUCUCCUCCACACCCAUUUUUCCCGCACCCCAAUCAGACAGCCGAGUCGUUGAUAGGGCUACCGCCGGCGAAGAAACAGAAAAAGAAAGCGACGCACACCGGCGGCGGCGGCGGCGGUCAACAGCAGCCAAGGCGGUGCAGCCAUUGCGGCGUCCAGAAGACCCCACAGUGGCGGGCCGGGCCGCUCGGAGCCAAGACGCUCUGCAACGCCUGUGGAGUCCGGUUCAAGUCCGGCCGCCUCCUCCCGGAGUACCGCCCCGCCUGCAGCCCCACCUUCUCCAGCCAGCUCCACUCCAACAACCACCGGAAAGUCCUCGAGAUGCGGCGGAAGAAAGAAUCGGAAGACUCGCCGGGAUUCGCUCCGCCGGUCCAGAGUUUUUGAAAAAAUUAAGGUUAACCCUUUAGGCUUAGUAGACUAGUAGUUGUCAGAAAUAGCGUAAAACGCAAAAAGAAAGAAGAAAAAAAACCCGGAAAUUUUAGGGAUAGCGAGACGACAAAAAACCGGAGUCGAAUUGUUGAGAGGUUAGAUCGGGUCGAUUAAGAACCGGUUCAGUGUACAUUUUUUAGGGGUAGACCGGCAGACCGCUGGUUGGUGCGGUAGGUUUUCGAGUGUUAGUGUAACGUAUGAGGACUGAGGAGAGGCUUUUAAUGUACUUUCCCUUUAAACAAUUUCUUUCUCUACUUUAUUCCUACCUUUUCAUUUUUUUA